GGCCGCGUCUCGGCGUCAUCUGCGUGCGCCAGGACCGGCCGCAGCGACCGGCGCGAUGAGCUCGGAGGACGAGCUGAGCCUGCUGGUCAUCAUCAUUGACACCAACCCGAUCUGGUGGGGAAAGAGGGUGCUGGGAGAAGCCGAGUUCACCCUAUCAAAAUGCAUCGAUGCAGUGAUGGUACUGGGAAAUUCGCACUUAUUUAUGAGUCGCAACAACAGACUUGCUGUAAUAGCAAGUCACACGCAAGAAAGCCGUUUCUUGUACCCCGGGAAGCAUUGGGCUUCUGCAGAUCUCUUUGGAGAUGGCAGUAGUUCUGUGGAAUCUAAUUGCUCUGGCAGCAAGGAUGGAAAAUACGAGUUGUUAACAGCAAUAAAUGAUGCGAUUGCAGAAGAGAUUAAAGACCUCAUGACAAAAACUGACAUGAAGGGUCAGCAAACAGAAACUUUGUUAGCAGGAUCACUUGCUAAAGCACUUUGUUUUAUCAACAAGAUGAGCAAAGAGUUAAAAGCCAAUCAAGAAAUGAAAUCAAGGAUUUUGGUCAUAAAAGCUGCAGAAGACAGUGCAUUGCAAUAUAUGAAUUUCAUGAAUGUGAUCUUUGCAGCACAGAAACAGAGUAUUUUGAUUGAUGCCUGUGUCUUAGACUCUGAUUCAGGUCUUCUACAGCAGGCUUGUGACAUUACGGGUGGCUUAUAUUUGAAAGUGCCCCACAUGCCAUCCCUUCUGCAGUAUCUGUUGUGGGUAUUUCUCCCUGAUCAAGAGCAAAGAUCCCAGCUUGUCCUUCCACCUCCUGUUCAUGUUGACUACAGAGCUGCAUGCUUCUGCCAUCGAAAUCUCAUUGAAAUUGGUUAUGUGUGCUCUGUGUGCCUGUCAAUAUUCUGCAACUUCAGUCCUAUCUGUAGUACAUGCGAGACUGCUUUCAAAAUAUCGUUGCCACCUGUCAUGAAGGCUAAAAAGAAGAAAUUAAAGUUAGCUGCCUAACAGCAUUCCGUAAAUACCUCAUAACCUCCUCUAGUAAUUCCAUGAAAUGAAACAUACUUGAAAAAUCAGUGGCAUUUUUAAUUGGAUGUGAAAGAGAACUGUAUGUACUGUUACUACUUGUUUUUUAAGGGAUGAAUAUUUAAAUUGUAUGCCUUCUACAGAGCCCUUUAAGUAACAAAUCACUGUAUUACCAUGUAACUGGUGCUGUUUUAAAUACUAAUUCUUAAUUGUGUGAGGAGCCAGAAGCUGCAGCCUGUCAGGAAGCACACUCUGUGAAGCUGAAGGUAUCUGGCCACUGCAGAGCUUCACUCCCCCAAGUUAUUUUCAAGGACAAGAAAGCGAAAGCUCUGAUUCAUUUGUAUGUUGGUGUAAAGAUAAGAAUGACCAUUUCUGGUGUGCAGGAUCAGAAUUGUAGCACUCUGUUAUUCAGGGACUUCAACUUCUUACCAGCUUUUGCUAGCAAUUUUUGGACUGAAAAACUUAUCAGUUUCAAAGUAAAUGAGCCCACAUUUUCAAGAUACCUUAGAACUCACUUUAUUUUUUUUAAUAUGCCAACUCCCCUGCCUGUGCAUUUGUGUGUAUAUCCAUAUUCUUUUGACUGCUCUGUCUUUGUGGUAUUGCUUUCUCAUUUGGAUUCUCUUCGUUUGUGAAUAAAAGUGUCCUCUUUGUUUAAAAUAACUUCAGUAAAUGCAAGCCAGCUGGUUAGUCUUUAAGGCUGUUUUUGAAAGUGGAAAAAAAAGUGUGAUUUAUGCAGUAUCAUAGAGUGUAGAUUUAGAAGGGACCCACAAUGAUCAUCGAGUCCAUUUCCUCUUCCUGCAUAGGACAG